AUGUCGAACGCGGUAGAUACGACCAAGUUGGCCCUGAUCCCUCAGGGGGCGGCCUAUGGCCUACUCAUUGGCCUCAGCGUGUUGUUCUGCGGUGUUAUCUUGAUAGCCGUCAAAAUCCAAAAAGCGUAUCUGGCUGAAGAUUCCGGAAAGUCGGAAAUGUUCAUGGUCGCCAAUCGCUCUGUUGGAAAAGGUUUAUGUGCAUCUGCAGUGUUCAGCUCCUGGAUGUGGAUUAAUGAAACAGUUCUAUGCGCAGCUAUGACUUACAGAUAUGGUCUUGCAGUUCCUUUGUGGUGGGGAUCUGGAUUAUGUUUCCAGAUUGCAUUGAUGGCUGCUCUCGGUGUCAUGGCCAAAAUUCGAGUCCCGUAUGCUCAUACAUCCCUUGAGGUGGUGCGCAUGCGCUACGGCAAGAUUGGACAUCUGGUGUUCAUUGUACUCAAUCUGGUCAACAAUGUCUUUGGCUGUGCCUCUAUGAUUAUGACGGGGUCGCAGCUCAUUCAUGGUGUUUCCGGUAUGCACUAUGUUGCAGCAACCAUUUUAGUCCCCAUUGGAGUGGUCCUUUACACAGCUGUUGGUGGCUUGAAGGCGACAUUUCUUACGGACUUUUUGCACACGGCCAUUGCCCUGAUCCUGAUAAUCUAUUUCACAAUUGCUAUUUUGACAAACUCGGCGAUCGGUGGGUUGGGGGGUUUGUGGGAGAAGGUUAUGGCCGCAGCUGGCGAUAAUCUGAUUCCCGGUAACUACCAAGGCUCACUUCUUACAUUCAAGUCCAAGGAGGCAAUUAUCUGGGGCUUGAUUCUCAAAUUUGGUAAUCUCGCACUUGUCGUUAUGGACACUGCGUUCUGGCAAAAGUCUUUCGCUACCGAGGUCAAGGCCACCGUGCCAGGCUACAACAUCGCUGCACUGGCUGUCUUCGGCAUUCCCUGGGGUCUGGGCACUGUCAUUGGUUUGGCAACGAGGGCAAUUCACGAUACCCCGAUUUUCCCAACCUAUCCCGGUGUGCUCACAGCCACUGAAGUCAGUUCGGGUAUGGUAAUGCCAUACACCAUCAAGGCACUCAUCGGAGAUAAAGGCAUUGUUGGAUUCUUCAUCCUCCUGUUCAUGGCCCUGACUAGCACCGUCUCUUCCUCGAUGAUUGCCGUCAGCAGUAUCUUGUCCUAUGACAUCUACAAGACAUACUUCAACCCCAAGGUUACCGACAAGCAACUUGUGCGCGUCAGCCACCUGACCGUUGUUAUCCACGGAGUUUUCAUCACGGGCAUUUCAAUCGCUCUAAAUUAUGGAGGAGCAAACAUGACAUGGAUCGGCUAUUUGCGACCCAUCAUCUCGUGUCCGGGAAUCAUACCUAUGAUUCUCACUCUCUUCUGGUCUCGGCAGACCCGACUAGCUGCAAUUGUCGCUCCAGUGCUUGGCUUCUUCACGGGUCUCACUGUCUGGUUAACCACAACCCAUUCCAUGUAUGGUCACAUCAACAUUACAACCACUACAAACAACUACCCGGCGCUGUAUGCUGCCAUCGCGUCUUUCUUCUCUCCUGCUAUCUACUCCGUUGUCCUAUCCCUGUACAAGCCAUACAAGUUUGACUGGAGGAUUUUCCUCCGAAUCGAGCUGUCAGACCAAGCUGAGAUUGCCUCCUCAGAUGCAAGCACACUCGAUGCAAGUGAGAAGGACGAGGGAAGCGGCUUGAAGAGCAUCACUGGGUCAGUGAAGCAUGUUUCCAACAGUCUACCUGAAAGUAUCAGCAGCGAUCUGGAGCGAGUUGAACGUCCCAGCGAGAAGGAACACACGACGGCGGUUGUGCGAAAGUCCGUCGAUGAGAUCAGUCUCAAUGAUAUCCAGCAUCCUUUCGACGAGGCGACGCUGAAAGAGCUCUAUCGUUGGCUCAAAAUUGCUUGGUAUAUGUUCGCUGCGAUUGUGCUGAUCACGUUCGUUGCUUGGCCGCUACCACUCUAUCGCGACUAUAUCUUCACCAAAUCAUUCUUUGCCGGGUGGGUUGUUGUUGCUAUCUUCUGGCAGUUCGCUGCAUUUGGAGCUGUUGUCAUUUUCCCUCUUUAUGACGGCUGGCGGGACAUCGAGACUGGUGCGAGGGGUAUCUGGAAGACCUCGAAAAAGUAUUUGGGAGGAGGAAAACAAAAUUAA